UGCGCGGCGCGACGAGGCGAGGCGAGACGAGGCGAGAACAGCCGAAAUGGAGGAGAGCCAAACAUCGGAAAGUGUCGCCGUGCUACCGGACAUGUCCGAACCGUUGACGAGCGAGACCGAGGAGGCGGCUGCACUGACGAGCGAGCACGAGGCACAUCCCGUCGCGGUCACGGCGAGCGUUACUACGGUACCGGGUGUGUCGGGCGUUCCUGGGGUCGGUGUGCCGGUCUCUCUUCCCGUAGGCUCCAUCAUCGGCGUAACGAACACCAAUGGCGCGACCUUCAACGUCAUCACCUCGGAUCAGCUGCAGCUGCCUGGUACGGGGCCGUUCAAGCAGAUGCUAUGCGUCGACAACUCAUUCAUUUGCGAAUCACGUCAUGACAAAGACGCGGAUCCUCUACGUUGGAAUGGUGAGCUGAAAGCGACCCACAUAGUGAUUCAGAACAGCACCGAUGAAACGGAAUCAGAGCAGAUACAUGUAUCUACGCCCAGUUCUCAGCCUAUAUACAGCUGGUCGGAUUCGGCAAAUUUAGCAGUGCUACCUAUCAGAUGUAAGAACACAAAUGCAGAAUUGCACAAGAGUAGAUUCGGAUCUGGUGGUAGAGGACGGUGUAUCAAACUUGGCACAGACUGGUACACACCUAGCGAGUUCGAGGCUUUCUGCGGUAGAGCAUCCAGCAAAGAUUGGAAACGAAGUAUUCGUUUUGGUGGAAGAAGUCUACAGACUCUUAUUGAUGAACAGAUUUUGAAGCCUCAUGCCACUUCUUGCACCUGUGCGGCGUGUUGCGAUGAUGACAGCGCGACGGGACCAGUUCGCCUCUUCACACCAUACAAACGUCGAAAAAGACCCAAGGACUCACCUGAUGGAGAGGCUCCUUCGCGCAAGCAUAAGAUCGAGAAUUCGCGAGAUGGCAGCAAUAACGAUGAGAGCGGCGACGAGGUUGUUGUACCUGACAAAGAGAUUUGGCCGCAGUUCGUUUCUGCGGAUGGACUAGUUGUGCAACAAUCCUCAGAACAAGAUGCAGUUGUGCAGAAUGCGCAUCAAACAGAAAAUGGUCAAGGCGAUGACGUUUUUAAGAAACUGGAUGAAACGUCAAACAAAAUAAUGAAAUUGGCUUACGAAUUUAGACGUAAUUUGGAAGAAGCAAAGGAAUUAAACAGGCAACAGAGAAGAGAGCAGGCGUUGGUCGCGCAACUCGGAGGACGGACGGAUGUUAUCGAAACUGUUGGAUUGCAACCGGCGUCCGAUUCACAUAAUAAAAAGUGUGCCAACUGUAAUCGAGAAGCAUUUGCAGAAUGCUCUCUAUGCAGACGCACACCGUAUUGUUCCACGUUUUGUCAGCGUAAAGACUGGGGUAGCCACCAGAUGGAAUGUGUGAGGGGUGCGGCUGAGACAGUGAUGCUCAUAGUAGAAAGCGGCAACGGAGACACGACCACUCUACCGGCGACCGCGACGGACCAAUAGCUAGUGUUUCUCACGCCAAUUCACCAAAGGACUACAGAAAACGAAGAAUCUGAAGAUGUGGAAACAUUAAAAUUCAAGGAAGAGACAUAGAUUGAAAGCACAUUCACAUUAUACAAGAAUAACAAAAUAUGUAUAAGCGUGCGCGCGCGCACGCACGCGACACACACACACACACACACAUAUGGCAAAUAGUUGUGUAUAUUAUACAUAUACGGUAUAUACGCGUGCGUGUGCGCAAAUACAUACGUGCAUAUGUUUGUAUGUAUGUGUGUAUAAUAUGUAUGUAUAUAUGAUUAAUGAUUAUCAGGCUCUGAGAUAACAAAGGGAAAGCAAUAAACCCUUUGCAGAGAUUUGCAUAAACAUGUUCAAGUGUAUAAUGCCGAAUUUAUAUUAUUACAAAAUUAUAUUAAUUUGCAUUAAUUAUAUUUAUUGGCAAUUCAUUUGAAUAAAUUAAAUGUCUUGGUCUUCUUGAGCAAUAAUUGAGAACAAAAACAAGAUCUCGUUUAUUACUUGCCUGAUGUCAAGCAGAUUAAAAUAUCAUGCACAUACAGAGUUAAAAUACAAUGAACAAUAUGAAUCCAGAACUAAUGAUGACAGACUUCGUAACAGUAAAACAAGCUCUUAUAAUCGUAAUUUUAUUAAAAUACUAUCCAUCGCGGUAUAUAUACUAUCUGAUAAUAUCUAAUAUCUGUGUAACAUCUUUCAUUAAAAGCUUAUUUUAUUUAUGCAUUUGUUUGUUUUUUUAUAAUUUUAUUAUCUAUAUUCUUACAACUGUAAUGAUUCAGAAUUGUGUUUACUUUUUCCUGUAAUUUGAUAUAAAUAUUUAUUUCACUAUCAUUGUAUAUUGUCUUGUGAGUAGCACUAUUUUGCAAUAUUGUUAAUAUGAAGCCUCUGUUGUAAGAAUUCUUAUAUUUUUGAAUUCUAUAAUGUAUUAUUUUUAGAUUAUACAUAUCACUUAACAUCGUAUAUUGAUUCUGCAUAUGUAUAUCUUAUUCUGCUUACUUUAUGUGCAAUUAAUAAAAAAGAUUCUGGUUUUUUUAUCUUUUUCGAUUAAAAAUAAAAGUGAUAAACGAUUGAGAAAGAACAUCUUUUCGCGAAUUAUAAACCAGAUAAAUUAUAAAAAUUAUAUUCUUUAACUACUUUAAUAAAAUUCUAAUUUAUAUGAUAUAUAUUGUUAAAAAUUGAGAAACUGCGAUCAAUGAUAAUCUUCGACGGUAUCGUGCGUAUUAUCUCAUCACGAUUAUUAAUAUAAAUAAAUAUUUAACGUUCUAUUCAAUAAAACUAAAAUAAUUGAAAUGAUAGAAGAAAUUUAUGUGGAAAACAUCACACAUUAAGAUCACUUUUUUUAAAUAAAAUGAUAAAAUGUUA